GUAGCUUGGAGUGCACUCCAGGCAACCUAUGAAAGGCAGAUGGAAGGGGGUGGCACUGUCAAUUCAGAUAUUGUCAAGGGGGUACUCACCAUGAUUGUGCUGUACAACACUUCCUUCAAUGUUGGCAGGACGCCAUCUCGGAGGGUCUAUGUCGUUAACCUACCAUUAACAGAUAGAUGCAAGAGCCUCGUCCUGUAUAUUUUCGCCGUGACCAUCGCUCUGAUCUUCAAUCAAUACGUCAAACCCAUUGCACUUACCGCAAUCACAGAGAAGUACUACAUUGUAUACGGUAUGUGGCUGGUUUGGUUUUUUUUAUUUGUUUAUUUU